AUGGCUAGUUCCUCUCGAGGAUUACCGCACAGUGGGACUACGUCUACAUUGAACAAUUGGGUGGAUGUUGACAUGAGCGGGAGUCUCAGAGUGGUGGAUGUGAGAGAUAGGCAUACUGAAGAUAUGGGACCAGGAAGAGAAAUGGCAGCAUCUACAACAAUCCCGGAGCGAAGAUAUGCUGGAAAGGGAAUGUUAGGAACGAGGUUGUUGAACGAUAAUGACAAAGUCAGUAAUCAGGAUGAUAACAUUCAACGUCAUUUGAGGAAAGUCAGCGGUGGAUUAAAGAGGAAAAGCAUUCAAUUACUACGAAUGAUGGAGAGGAAAACUUCUUCACAUAACAACGAGACGUCGACACCUGUAAUCCAAAGAAGAAAUGGAUAUUAUCAUGAUGACGAAAAUAUCCCUCCUGUCCAUUUCGAUGAACGGUCAUCAUCAACGGAUCCCUCAGGUUCAAUGCAUUAUACCUCACCAUCCAAAACCAAAACCAAAGCUUUUCCCCUGGCUGCAAUACAUGCUCAACAAAACCAAUGCCAUCUCAAUCGUACUCCUACUCCAACAUCGCGUCAUCACUACAAUUCACCUGACCGACACCUCACCCCUAUCGCUUCUUCAUCUCAUGCUCAAGAUCAAGAGAACACACCUGAAUAUCCAUCAUUCAUUGGAGAUUCCGAUUCAUCCGGUAUUCGAACUUCUCUCAAACCUAGAUAUUCAAGAGUACCAUAUAACACACCAGAGCCCAAUCUCAACACAAGCCAGGUUCAGGUCCAAAGGAAUCGUAUGACCUUUCAAAAAUUGAUAAAUCAACCUCUACCAAUACCUAAUGGCGAACCUUCAAGAUAUAUCUCAUCGUUGUCUACAAAUACCUUUCCAAAUACCAUUGAGAGUAUCCACGAGGAAGAAUACGACAAUAACCCUUUCCUCAUUUCUCUACCUUUCCAAAACAGAAAUAAUUUGAGGCACAGUUCAUCUAUAAUCUCUUUAGUACCUACUUCCACCUCCAUCCCUGAUUCUGAUCAUUCCAAUGAGAUAUCCCUUGGAAUCAACCACAUGGAAAUACAGGAUGAGAAUGAGGAUUAUGAAUGUGAAUAUACACCGAUGUCCGAUCCUUCAUCAGCAUUAGAAGCUCUUUGGGAGUAUGGUUCAUCAGCUUCAUCGACUGAUUCAUCGAUGAAUGUCCAAUCAGAUCGACAAGAAGGAGAUGGCCAUGAUGAUGAUGUCUAUGAAGGAGGCUCGAGACUGAAUUGGAAUCGCAACUCAGGUUGUGAUACGAAUUUAGAUAUGGAUAUGGAUAUUAGUCCUGAUGAAUAUCCAUUCCCACCUGGUCUAUAUGAUAUACCUUUAUCGAAUUUACCUAGUUCUCAUUCACUUUCCCGUUUCACACUUGACGAGGCUUCUCGUCAUCACCGUUCUCACCAUCACUCGGAGACUGGUGGUACCAGCGCAAUAAAGCCUUUCCCAACUUCAAACUCGAAUCAGACUUCGACGCCACUGUCAAUCCCAAUUCCAAUCUCAGAUCCAACCCGAAAUCCAAGUCGAGAUCCGAAAAUAAACAUAAUACCAAAUUCGAUCUCCAGUUCCAAUCCAUCAAACUUUCAAUUAUCUUCGCCGUUAAGUGAUAGCUUAUCGUUAGAAGAUGAGGAAGAAGAUAUACUCGCUCGUACAAGUAUAGCAUAUAGGAUUCCGUUGAAGUUUGAAACUCCUGAAGCCAGACGUAAAAGGAGUUUAUCAGUCGAUUCUCCAUUUGUGGAAUUGUAUAAAGCUUCAGAUCCAGAUUCGAUAGGUGAAUGA